UGUGCAAAAACAUUUCUGAACUUGAUGGCCCACAUCUCCAAGGAGCAGACAGUCCAGUACAUCCUGACUCUGAUUGAUGACACUCUGCAGGAGAACCAUCAGAGGGUGAACAUCUUUUUUGACUACGCUAAAAAGACCAAAAACACCGCCUGGUCCUACUUCCUUCCUAUGCUGAAUCGUCAGGACCUGUUUACUGUUCAUAUGGCGGCGAGGAUCAUCGCUAAGCUGGCUGCCUGGGGYCGUGAUCUGAUGGAGGGAAGUGAUCUGAACUACUACUUCAACUGGAUCAAAAGUCAGCUCAGUUCACAGAAUCUACAUGGUACACAAACAGGAGCAGGAACUAUUUCCCCCAGUGAAAGCUCUCAAUAUGUCCAGUGUGUGGCUGGGUGUCUUCAACUGAUGCUGAGGGUCAAUGAAUACAGGUUUGCCUGGGUGGAGGCUGAUGGAGUCAACUGUAUCACAGCAGUGCUGAGCAACAAGUGUGGCUUCCAGCUCCAGUACCAGAUGAUCUUCUGUAUAUGGCUCCUGGCCUUCAGUCCUCAGCUUUGUGAACAGUUGAGAUGCUACAAUGUGGUGCCAGCCCUGUCCGACAUCCUUCAGGAGUCAGUGAAGGAGAAGGUCACUCGAAUCAUCCUGGCUGCCUUCAGGAAUCUCCUGGAGAAGUCUGCAGAGAGAGAGACUCGCCAGGAAUACGCUCUGGCCAUGAUUCAGUGCAAGGUACUGAAGCAGCUGGAAAAUCUGGAGCAGCAGAAGUACGACGAUGAGGACAUCACUGACGACAUUAAGUUCCUGCUGGAGAGGCUGGGYGAGAGUGUCCAGGAUCUCAGCUCAUUUGAUGAGUACAGCUCUGAGCUGAAAUCUGGCCGCCUAGAAUGGAGUCCUGUGCACAAGUCAGAGAAGUUCUGGCGUGAAAACGCCGUUCGCCUGAAUGAGAAGAACUACGAGCUCCUCAAGAUCUUGACGAGGCUUUUAGAAGUUUCCGAUGAUCCUCAGGUUAUUGCAGUGGCAGCUCAUGAUGUUGGAGAAUAUGUCCGACAUUAUCCACGGGGUAAACGGGUGAUUGAGCAGCUGGGUGGAAAACAGCUGGUGAUGAAUCAUAUGCACCACGAGGACCAACUCGUCCGCUACAACGCCYUGUUGGCUGUGCAGAAGCUGAUGGUCCACAACUGGGAGUAUCUGGGAAGACAGCUGCAGUCCACUGACCAGCAGCAGGCUCCAGCUGUGGCCGCUCGAAGCUGAACGUGUGUUUGUGUGUCAUUGUGUGGAUGAGUUUGGAGCUGUGCUGCAAUCAGCUCCUGUGUUUGUGUCGUAACUUGAAAAAUCAAACGUUGUGCUCUCCUCCKUCAGCGGCAAGCCCUCCCCCACCCAAAUGAUACUGAUGUGACCUGAUUUAACUGUUGUGUUUCGUGUCGUGACCUCAGCUUUAGUGAUGUUUGGUGAUUAAAGUCGCACUUUAUGUUGGUGAAAAUGUACAAAGCUGCAGAAUAUUUAAGUCUGACUUGUAAAACSUUGUAUGAAUUCCAAUAAAGAUGUUUAAAGUGGC